GGGAGGAAACUGCCCCCUGAUUGGUAUCACCCUCCUUCACUCAUCAUGUGAACAUAGGAUUACACUUAUCAUGGUUGUGGUAUAUUCUACAACAGAAGAUGUUGAAUUAAUCUGAAAAGCACUCCCAUAAGGAGUGCUGACCUAAGAUUAUUUAAACCGGUGUGAAUGAUUUUCAGAGUGCCUUUUUUAACAAACAUAAAACAUUGCAUUUUCAUUUCUAUAACUUAUCAAAUGAGAACAAUAUGUUCUUUUGAUUGUAACAGGUAGGACUACUAGUGCAAUGGAUGGCCUAAAUUCAACAGUGAACGCAACAUAAUCCGAUGACCAGUGCCCUCGGCACACCAUUGCCCCCCGUCCAUCUUCCGUCCAGCUGUGGGGCUUGUCAAGGCUUUUAGUCCAGUGUUUUCCUGGUUCCCAACUAAAUGUCUGACACAAGGCCUUUAAAGUUAGAAGAGUCCGCUGUUGUGAGUAAUAUUACACUUACAAAUUACUAUAAAGGAACUAUAAGUAAUAUCUUGACAGCAUCUUAGAAACCAGUGUGGGAAAAGGCAGAGUGAACUAAGGGCCCUGUUCAGAGGGAACAGUCAUUUUCUCCCAAACAAGGAAAACAGAAAUAAUGAUUAUCGGCCAUCCUCAAUCCCAACAGCACUAUUCAACAACAUCUUGUUUAAAAUCCUUGGCUUAUUGAUGUUUGAAGCACUGCUUGAAAUUGAAUAAAGAAAAGUUAAUGUAGGCUGUAGUAAAUAAUCAGUCCAUUACUUUUAAUUUAGGGCUAUCUCAAAUGGCAGGACUCACGGGUCUACUCCUUUGUGCUAGUGUCGGUAAAUCUCUCAUUAGCCAAAUGUUAGGCCCUCUGUGUAUGUGAAUAUAUAUAGGGGAAUGUUUCUCCUUCACUGAAUAGAAUUGGCUACUGCUUACGUUUUCUGCACUUUGAACCGAAGCAUCUAGGGUUAGUUAUUAACAAACUACUUGUUCAUGUGAUCAUUACAGGAUUCUCUACGACGUUGCUUUGUUGUGUGAAGUUAAAGAAUCCUUCCUCUUUGAAAGUCAUUGAGUCGAGGCCAACUUCUUGCAUCAGGUUGGAUGAAUCUGAUCAGUGCACAUAAUCGGACUACUUAAGGACAUGGAGUUGACCAUUCGUAGGUACCAGGACCCUGACAAGGAGACAGUCCUGUCCCUGUUUUCCCAAGGAAUAGAGGAACACAUCUGGCCAUGUUUUACAAAUGCUAUGAGCAGUCCGCUCUACCUGUGCUUCUCCCUGGGUCUGGGCGUCACUGGCUACCUCCUGGCCUCUGGUUUAGGAGCCCUUGUGCUAGUUUCUGGCUGGGCGGGCCUAGUCUACUACUGCUGCCAUAAGUUUUUUGCUGACUUUGUCAGAGACAGCCUCAAGACGGACAUGCAGGACAUAGCGGCGAGCUUCAUGGCCCAGCCAGACGACUGCUUCUGGGUGGCAGAGACCGUUGCCACCGGGAAGGUUGUGGGUAUGGUGGCUGUGGUGGCCAAGAAGAACGAUGCAGAGAGGUACGGCGAAUUGUUCAGAAUGAUUGUCUCGUCUGCGAUGCGCCGGACGGGCCUUGGAUCCAGAAUGGUUCAUACAGUCCUGGACUUCUGCAAGCAGCGUGGGAUGUCCAUGGUUACCCUGGGGACCACGUCUACACAAACGGCUGCCAUUGCCCUGUACCGGAAAAUGGGGUUUAAACAUGUCCGCUCAGAUUCUAAGACGACCGAUUGCCUGCUGGUUUGUGAGCUCGACUUCACCAUGUGAAGGUAUCUACACCAA